AGAGCACAGAUCAAUUACCCAAUUUUCUAAUUGUUUAAACCAUGUCCGGCCCUGGCGAUUGGCUUCAAUUUUACCAUCAAAAUCUUCCAACCACGGCGGCGCCACCGCCUUCCGAUCAAUCCACCUCCGAGAUGAUCUUCGUCGAUCGAGUUUCCGACGCCAUCGCCUCCGCAAACACCGGCGCUUCCACUGGCUUGAAUCCGGAACGUCGUGUAGCAAAGCCGGUUCGCCGCCGGUCCAGGACGUCUCGGCGGACUCCGACGACCUUGCUCAAUACAGACACAACUAAUUUCAGAGCGAUGGUUCAACAAUUCACCGGCGGUCCAACUCCGCCUUUCGCCUCAUCGAUUUCCCCCAAUUUUUCGUUAGGGUUCGGCGCGAUUCCUCAAUCGAAUUCCGGCAUGAUUUCUCCGCCGUCUGGUUAUCCACUGCAGUUUUACCAUCACAACCCCCAACCGUUCGUGAUUCCAGCAUCCGCACACGGCGGCGAAUUUCUUCAGAGGCUAUCCGCCGCGAAGCCAGGAAAUGGCGGAGUCGCCGCAGACGGAUUUCUGAUGGAAAGUGCAGUUUCUUCUCAAAUUCCUCCCACCGGAGCUACGGCAGAUUCCUCCAACAAAAGCAACGGCGGAAGUGGCGGCGGCUUUCUGUUCUGA